UUGGUUAUGCAUUGAAAAUCAUUGGAAAAAAUAAUGAACAAAUUUUCGAGUCGUUUAAAACAAGUGAAUUAUCUUAUGCUUGGUGUGGUCCAGUUUUGUGUUUUCAUGUUGAUCGCCCCGAAGAUUUUCAGGCGAUUUUAACAUCAAACAUUUGUUUAAAAAAAGCAUUUCCAUAUGACUUUGCGAAUAGUCCCAACGGUUUAACAUUGUCGCAUCCACGUAUUUGGAAAAAUCAUCGUCGUGCAUUGAAUCCAACUCUUGGUCAAAAAAUGGUUAACAGUUUUUUGCCAAUUUUCAACGAAAAAGUUGAAAAAAUGUGCAAUUUAAUGGAGCGAAAAUUAAAUAACGAUAUCGAUAUUUACCGAUUUUUAUUCAACGCAUCACUGGAUUCAGUUGUAUGCACAGCGUUUGGCUUCAAUUGGUCGAUGCAAAAUAGCAGAGGUGAUGAGAUUCACAACAUAAUUACCCUAGCUUUGAGAUGUAUCCAGAAUCGUAUUCAAAAAUGUUGGCUUUGGUGGACCCCCAUCUACAAAUUUACGCAGAAUUACACAUGGGAAACUGAACUAUUUCGUAAAUUUUAUCAAUUCACUCGAGCUACAUUGGAACUAAAGCGAAUAGAUUUAUCGGAAAAAUUGGACCACGAAGAAAAUGAAUUGGCUGCGGCAAAAAAUGAAAAUAGACAAAACUUUUUACAGAAAUCUCUACAAUUGGAAUUGGAGCAAAAAUGGACCGAAGAAGAAGUGUGUCAAGAGUUAGAUACGUUGUUGGUGGCAAGCAUCGAUACUACAGCAACAGCUUUGUACGGAACAAUAAUCAUGUUGGCCAUACAUCAAGAAUAUCAAGAGCGCGUAGUGGACGAGAUGCGAGAAAUAUUUGAAAGCAUUAAUGAACCAGUGACAAAUGACCAUCUGAAACGAAUGACUUUUUUAGAACUCGUUAUAAAGGAAGCAUUAAGACACUUUCCUAUUGUACCAUUCUUGGGACGUGAAGCUAUGGCGGAUUUUCCUAUAAAUGAAGGCGUCAUACCGAAAGGUUCACAAAUUUUUUUGAAUGUACUACGAAUGAACAAAAAUCCAAAAUACUACGGUGAAAAUGUCAAUGAAUUUUAUCCUGAGAGAUUUUUACCCGAAAAUAGUGCCAAUUUUCAUCCUUAUUUAUCGAUUCCAUUCUCAGCGGGACCACGGAACUGCAUUGGCGAACGCUAUGGGUGGGCUUCCAUGAAAAUAGCUUUAUCACAUAUUCUUCGGCGCUUCAAACUAACUACAAAACUUAGAAUGCAGGAUGUAAUUAUAGAACCAUCACUUCUUUUAAGAAUUUGUAAUGAAGAUGCUAUUCAUAUCGAACGACGAGAAUGGAAAUGAGAAAACAAAAUUCUAUAAAUGUGUGUGGUUUUCUAUUUUGUAGUAAAUUUCUAAUUUUUCAAUCUUAGGUAAUAAUAAUUUUAUGUUUUUCUUUGUUGUAUUUUUGAAAUUGGAAAAAGAGUGGUUUAAUCAUUU